CAAUGUGUAAGAUUCAAAAACAGAGUUUUUGCUUUAAACAAGAAUCAUAUGUUAAGUGUUUACAAAUCCCUAGAUAGAAAAAUUUGCCCAUAGCUGCAGAAAAAGUCUCUCGUUUAUGUUGUUUAGCUUCUCAUUCAUUUCUACAGUUUUAACUUGUGUUACAUUUUCUUGUGUUGAUGAGAAGCUGAUACCAAGGGUUUACUACGAACAUUUACCGCGUCGGUUGCCCAAAACAGCGAUUCUCACGGGAACUGGUGGAAGAUUUUGGAAAGUAGCUAUGCUGAGCAAGCGAGAGCAAGUGUAUUUUGAACAAGGCUGGGGAAAUUUUGUGGCGGAUAACGAUCUAAAAGAUGGAGAGUUCUUGACGUUUGUGUUUGAUGGGCACAAAAGUUAUGAAGUAAGUAUAUAUGGUCGCGGAGAAUGCAAAGAGACACGAGCAGUCAUUCAAGUUGAAGAGAUCUCUGAUGAGACAGAAAGUGACAACGAUUCUCUUGGUAGCCUUGUUGACGUAACACCCAUGCCAGUGGAAGAGAACUCUGAUGAUGAUACAGAAGGUGACGAUGAUUCUGGUGAUAGCGUUGUUGACGUAACACCCAUGCCAGUGGAAGAGAUAAGUGAUGCGAGUGAGAAUGACUCUUCUUGAGGUUAUAAAAAACAUUGUCCUUA